CUAGAAACAUCUAGAUGUGUGUGUCUCGCUUGUUUUUCUUAAACAUUUGUUCUAUUUAAACAAUUUCUUUUGUAGUUCUUAAACAGAAAGAAUUAACGGAAGUGCAAUUGACUGGAGUAAACUUCUAGAUUUGCAGAUUUAUCGACCUCAAGUUCGUAUAAGGACUCGAGAAGCAGAGCCGCCCACAUGAGUUCAAAAUCAAAUCGCAACCGCCCUGUGGCGGCGAAGGCAACGGCAGUGGUGAUUCCUCCUCCUCCGUCUACGCCGUUAUCGGAGUCCGAUUACGCCUUCACCAUAACCAGAACAGCAGUUGCGCAGAUCUGCAGUUCCAUUGGAUUCACAGCGGCAGAAGCUCCCGUUCUCGGAAUCCUAACAGACAUCGCCAUCAGGUACCUGAGAACAAUCGCUAAGUCCGCCGCGGAUUCAGCCAACUCAGCAUGCCGUACCCAGGCAAAUCUCGUCGACACAAUCGCCGCCGUGGAUGAGCUGAGCUCGGUGAGUGGAUUCCCCGGAGCAUGGAGAGCUACCGAUUGUUUUCUCAACUCCGGCGCGGUGAAGAAACUCGAUACAUUCACAGAGGAUUCCAAGGAAAUUCCGUUCGCAAAACCGUUGCCUAGGAAAAUAUUUUCAUUAGGAAGCAGAAAAGGUUUGAGAAAUGUAGGUAGUAGUAGUAAGAUUGAGUACCUUGGAGGAGAUAAGAAGCAUAUCCCGAAAUGGCUACCAGUAAUGCCGGUGAUUGUGAAUCACGAAAAGGAAAUUGUUGAGAAGAGAAAAAGGGAACUUUGGGGAUAUUGUGGUGCUAAAACUGAGGAGGAACCAAAGAGGGAGAAAAAAACUGCUGCUGAUAGUGUGGAAAAGGAAAGGAAAGGACUUGAAUUGCCAUUGAAGAGAGGGAAAGUGAGGUUUAAGAUUGGCGGUGGUGGGGUGUCAGGUGUGUGUAGAAGUGGUGGAAUAGGGAAGAGAGUAUUAUGUGAGAAUUGGAAUUUUGAUGAUGAAAACUCUCAUCAAAACAAGAAUAGCCAGCUUUGAUGAGGUAAUACAACAACAAUAGUGUGAUCUCAUAGUAUAAAAAACUAUUUUCGAAAGAAACUUGGCGAGGAACAAAAUGAGAUGAUAGAGUGAGUAUGAAGAAAGAAGUGGAGUUGCUAACUAUACUUUGAUUGUAUUUUUUUUUGGUUUUUCAAGUUAGCAGGAAUUGAACCCUUGACGUGUUGUUCGAUAAAACUAAAUUUUCUCUCCCUAUUUGGAGACCAUCUUCACUCCGGACUAAAAUGGAGAGUGCAACAUAUCUAUAUUUAUUAUAUUUUAUGUAAAAGUGGCCAUGAAUGUAACAAACAGAGACUCGUUUCAGAUUUUCAGUUUACUUUUAUCUGAAUGGAGUGAGAUUAGUUAUGUUUUACUUAA